AUGUCCGUCGCUGAGGAGCUCCGGCGGCUGCAACGUGCGGCGGACGUGAACGAUGGCCACCUGCAGCGGCUGCAGAACGAGCUGCGGCUGCUCGACAUCGCGCGGGAGGCAAAGCGCGCGUCCAGCAGACAACACACCGCACAGGCGCGGGCGGAGAUACGUCGACUGGAGGCAAACAUCGCCGCCAUCGAGGGGCGCCGGCGCCCGGUCACCGCGGCUCACCUCGUGGCGUCGCCGCCGGUGACGCCGCCGGCACCGUCGCCCGCUGUGCCGCGGGGACGCCUGGAGGGCGCUGUGGCGGCUCUUGAGCGGCAGAGUGCGCAGCUGGCCAGGCUGCGGGCCCAGCGACAAGAACUCGAGGAGCUGCUGCGCCACGCCGUGGCGCACUACCCGCAGUACAAAAUUACCGAGAACUUUGACGCCCAAAAUGAGUUUGAACGUGCCGCGCUGGCGCGGGUCAUGAAUGCCGCAUGA